AUAAUAUAACUAUAUAUAUAUAUAUAUAUAUUGAAACCUGUUUUAUAAAACAUUGCACUGAUAUCUUCUUUCUCAGUAUCAUUCGAACUAGCGGUAGCAUUAUUAAACGUGGGCAUCAUGAAAAUUUUUUUCAUAACGAAUUGCUUUAUUAUUAUUAUUAUUUCAUUGUUUGGCAUAGCAAUUCAAGAAAAUCUUGCACAAUAUGUUCCUCCAACACCAAGUGUAGAACCUCUCUAUCCGAUAGGAUUACGAAUGUCUAUUGCUCAUGAGGAUGGCAUCAGUUUGGUUGCGUAUCAUGUAAAAUUUAAUGAUGAUUUCUAUAGUCUCGAAGCAGGAACUAUUGCCAGAGACAUUAUAAAACCACGUAAUGGUCGUUGGGUAUAUGAGGAUCGAUCCACAAAAUUGAAAUUAGGAGACAUAAUUUAUUAUUGGGUUCACGUAGUUUAUAAUGGCCUUGGUUAUAAUCUACUUGAUCAAAAACACGUAGUUAAUGAAUUUUAUAAUUACGAUGCUUCACCAGUUUCGAAAGGAGAUAAAAGUAUUCCUAAAAAAAAGGUUGACACUUGUACGGCAUCUUCGCAAACUAAAAUAUUUGAAAAUAAUUCGAUAAAUCAAUUACUGAAUAGGCAAAUCUGCCCAGGUCAAUUGAUUUUUGAAGAGAAUUUCGAUUCUCUUAAUACAACACGUUGGACGAUUCUUGAACGCUUUGCAGGUCCUCCUAGUUAUGAAUUCGUCAUAUACAUGAAUAAUAUCGACAACGUGGAAGUUAAAGAUGGUAUUUUGCAUAUUGAACCAAUUUUGACUAACGAGAAGUAUGGACCAGACUUUAUCCGAAGCAAUAGUCUGACUUUGGAAAAAUGUACAGGAAUCGUUGAAAGCGAAGAAUGUAAACGAUUUGCAAUUGGAUCACAUAUUAUACCGCCUGUGAUAUCAGGACGAUUAAAUACUAAAUCAUCCUUUAAUUUUCAAUAUGGUCGCAUUCAAAUUCGUGCUAAAUUACCUCGUGGUGAUUGGUUAUUUCCUUUGAUUACCUUGGAAAGUACAGAUAUGUGCACAAAAAAUUCAUCGAUUUAUUGUGACAUCGUAAUAGUUCACUCAAACGGAAAUUCUGUCCUUAUAUCACAAGAUGGAAACGAUUUGAGCGGACAUUUUCUUCUAGGGGGUGCUCAUGCAACAAAUAUAAAUUCACAUAUUCCACAGGAUAAUAAAUUAAAUCUUCCCAAAAAGAAAUCAGAAACUUUAUGGUCAGACGAAUAUCACGUGUACGAUUUAGAAUGGAAACCUAAUCAAAUCAUAGUUAAAGUUGAUGGAGUAGAAUAUGGCCAACAAAAUGUUCCGGCAUUAUACGAUAUUCCGGUUUAUAUUAAUAUCGGUUUAGCCGUAGGAGGUCACAUUAUCUUUCCAGACAAUUGCAUCAGCGGUAACUAUGUAAAACCUUGGAGAAAUGUCGGAUCGAAGGCACUUUAUCACUUCUACUUAGCAGAAAACGAUUGGAUAAAAUCUUGGAGAGUGAGCGAUAUCGGUUUACACAUAGAUUAUAUUAAAAUCUGGGCAGUUUAACUUUUUCAUUUUUAAUUCAAAAAUACACUUAAUCACUUUUUAAUUA